AUGACUGAUGAGCAAGAUUAUCUAUCAAACGGGGAGGGAGCAGACCAGACAAGAGUGGUGCAGCGCCGGAGGCGACCCCCGCUCUCUUGCACAGAAUGUCGUCGCCGCAAAUUGAAAUGCGAUCGCUCCCUCCCCUGCGGACAAUGCGUUCGAUCCAAAACCGCUGACUCUUGCGUCUUUGUGGGACCUCAACCUGGCGCAUCGUCCGACCACUCUCAGCGCAUGUCACCCCCCGUUUCUCGCAUGCGCUUGCCCAAUGGCUCGGCUGAGGAUCCACCAACGGGCACGGGGAGCAUGUUCGUAUUCGACUCUAAACUGGGUCCCAAAUCGAAUACCAAAAAUCGCGUCUCCAAGCGCAGUCAACCGGACGAGCUGAACGAGCUCCGGCACCGGUUACGCGUUCUGGAGAAGGCUUUGACCAAAUCUCAACCAGUCCCGACCCCUGAGACAUCAGUUGGGGAGGGAUUCUCAGAGGUAGACACCUCGAUUACGGACUCUACAGGUGUAGAUGACCGCGUUCGCUAUUUGCCCGACUGCUGUUUCCGGGGUAAAAAGGGCAAAACAAGAUACUUUGGCCGAAGCCACUAUAGCACGACCGUCUCAUUUUUCCAAGACAUUGGCUGUUUUCUUAGGGGUCGCGAGUCUAUUAAAGACAAGGAAUUUAGUGACAUGAAACGGUUCAAGACGGAGCUCUGGACUCGCGAUUCCCAAGACCACCAGCGCGCAUUUCGCGAACAGGCAUUCAAACUGGACGAGAUGGUCCCUCCCCGCGCAAUCGCCGAUCAAUUGGUUCAGUAUUAUCUCGAUACAUUCGAAACCACUUAUCGAGUCUUGCAUAUCCCGACUUUCUUAGAACAAUAUGCAAACUACUGGAACAACCCCCAAGAAGCAGAACAUGGAUUCAUAGCACAACUAUUGGCCAUUCUGGCCGCUGGAAGCUGCUUUUCAGCACAGGUUCUGCAGCAACUGGAAGGCCAAGACCCCCAUCAGCAGCCUGCGAUGCAGUGGAUUAUGGCGGUCCAGUCUUACAUAUCCUGUAAUUUUGUCAGCCCAGAUAUCAAUCUCAAGAUGAUCCAGACUCAAUGUCUGCUCUUGGUCGCUCGUCUGGGGAUUGCUAGUGAUGGUGAUGUGUCUUGGGCGUCUUCUGGCUCCCUCAUACGUUCCGCGAUAACGAUGGGAUUGCACCGAGACCCUACCCGAUUUCGAAAGAAGUCGCGACCGUUUUGGUGCGAGUUGCGGCGCCGGGUAUGGAAUACUAUCAUUGAAUUGGAUCUCAAAAUAUCUCUUGACCGUGGGGUUCCACCUUCUGUGGACUUGGACGAAUGCGACUGCGAUGCGCCGUCCAACUGGGAUGAUAAUGCGUUGACCGAAUCGUUGGAUACCAACCCUACCCAUCUCAGCACCGCGACUUAUACUCAAAACUUCUACCAGACCCUCCUCGCCAAAACCCUCCCGCUACGUUAUCGCAUUGCCAAAAAGGUCAACUCCCUGCGGUUUAACCUCCCAUACGACGAUGCAUUGCGAAUGGGUGAAGAAAUAACCCGGUCCCUCCAAUAUGCCACCUCUCUGUUUGAAGACAAUGCAUCGGGCAUCAAUCCGGUUGAUGCUGCGAAACAUCGAUUUGCGCAGUCGUUACAUCUGUUCAUCAUGCGCAAGUUCUUACUUGCCCUACACCGUCCCUUCUCACUCAGCGUCUUGCGUUUACCAAAAUGUUCAUACUCGCGCAAAACAUGCUUGGAGGCCUCGCUUGGCCUGCUCUCCCAGAUGGAAAUUCCGUCGCCUGUCGAAUCUGUCCUCUAUCCUCACAUCACUCAACUCGGUCGGGGAAUGUUCCGGGAUGAGACCUUCCAUGCUGCCAUCACCGUGUGUGUAGAACUAUCCUUGCAGGCUCAGGAAAUGGGCCAGUCUUCAGGACCUGCAAUGGAAUCAGUCAAUUCCAGCGUGUUGAUGAGCAUGGUUCAAUCCCAACAAACUGUGAUGCUGGAAGCAGUACAGCGUACCCUGGAUGACUUCGGACGCCGAAUCGGCCCUGGUGGCAAAGGAUGCAAGCCGUACUUCUUUUUGAGUAUGAUCUUGGCUUCUGUUAAAUCACGGAUCAAGGGUGAAGAUCCAAUACAAAAUGUUCAAGCUCUUUCUCGUCGGUCGGUCCGAGUCUGUCGAGCGGUAUUGAACGGAGUGGCAUAUUCCGAUGCCUUGGCUAUCGCCGAUCAACCAUAUGUUCCGAAUAACCCACAGCAGAAUAAUGAAGCGCUGGCCGCUUUAGCAGGGCCUACCCCCAUGUCGGCAUCCUCGGCUGAAAUUGACCCAUCGUCUCUCUUCUCCGUUGAUUUCGGGGACUUUACACCUAUCGAUCUGGGAGGGUGGUUUGAUGGACUCGAUGCCGGGGGCAGUGACUUAUGGAAUAAUGAUUUUUUUGGAAGUUUACCAUCGAUUUGA